AGCACUUUACGUCAAGAAAAGUCUAGACCCCGUCCAUAAGUUCACUCACCCACACCUACUGUUUAACAUAAAACCCAAAGAAAACAACACGCCGCGCCGCAGUCACAGUCUCACACACACACAAUGGAACCGUCGAAGCUGAAAGAAUUGAAGCAUUUCAUCGAACAGGUUAAGUCCAAUCCUUCAACUCUCGCCGAUCCUUCACUCUCCUUCUUCCGCGACUAUCUCGAAAGUCUCGGUGCUAAUCUUCCUGAAUCUGCUUAUUCCAAAUCGAGAUCCGUGGAGAGCGAUGAUGAUAUCGAGGAUGUAGAGGAAGAAAAAGUGAAGGUGGAGGAAGUAGAGGAGGAAGAUGAGAUAAUUGAAUCUGAUGUUGAGCUAGAGGGUGAUACCGUUGAGCCUGAUGAUGAUCCUCCACAAAAGAUGGGAGACUCUUCUGUUGAGGUUACUGAAGAGAGUCGCGAGUCUUCACAGUUGGCGAAAGCUAAAGCCAUGGAAGCUAUUUCUGAAGGUAAGUUGGAGGAGGCAAUUGAGAACUUGACAGAGGCAAUUAUACUCAAUCCUACCUCUGCCAUAAUGUAUGCGAACAGAGCCAGUGUUUACAUCAAAAUGAAGAAACCUAAUGCUGCAAUCCGUGAUGCAAAUGCUGCUUUAGAGAUUAAUCCUGAUUCUGCUAAAGGAUACAAGUCACGUGGUAUAGCACGAGCGAUGUUAGGUCAAUGGGCAGAGGCUGCAAAGGAUCUCCAUGUAGCUUCAAAUAUAGACUAUGAUGAGGAAAUAAAUGCAGUACUUAAGAAGGUUGAACCAAAUGCCCACAAGCUUGAGGAACACCGUCGGAAGUAUGAUAGGUUGCGCAAAGAAAGAGAAGAGAAAAAAGCUGAGCGUGAGAGGCAACGUCGCCGUGCUGAAGCUCAGGCAGCAUAUGAGAAGGCCAAAAAGCAAGAGCAAUCAUCUUCCAGUAGAAAUCCUGGAGGCAUGCCUGGUGGGUUUCCUGGUGGCAUGCCUGGUGGGUUUCCUGGUGGCAUGCCAGGUGGGUUCCCUGGAGCUGGAGGCAUGCCUGGUGGGUUCCCUGGAGCUGGAGGCAUGCCAGGUGGGUUCCCUGGAGCUGGAGGCAUGCCAGGUGGCUUCCCUGGAGCUGGAGGCAUGCCAGGUGGCUUCCCUGGAGCUGGGGGCAUGCCAGGAGGGGUGCCUGGAAAUGUUGAUUUUAGCAAAAUCUUGAACGACCCUGAUUUGAUGACGGCAUUUAGUGAUCCAGAAGUUAUGGCUGCUCUUCAAGAUGUUAUGAAGAACCCUGCUAAUUUGGCUAAGCAUCAAGCAAAUCCUAAGGUUGCGCCUGUAAUUGCGAAAAUGAUGAGCAAAUUUGGAGGUGCUGGUGCUGGUGCCCAGUGAUCAAUUCUACAUGUUUGUGAUUUCAGCAUUCUAGGCCUAUGCUCGAGUAUUUAAUUUAAUAUUAAUGUUAAUUAUGUUGCAUUUUUAAUUGUACGGAUAUCAUAAAACUUUUUUAUGCAAGGCCUGUUUUGUAGGUAAAUUGCUCCUGUUCUUUAUUUAUCAGCAACAUAAUAUUCUACUGACUGGAUUUAAAUGA